AUGGGAUCGACGCGUUCACCAACAGCGCGCGUCCCGUUGAAAGAGACGGGCAAGCCCCGUCUUCAACCCUCACCGCUCCCUCUGCAACCCAUCGAGAACCCGUCUUUGAACCCGCCUGCUCGUGGUCCCCACCGGCCAUCGCCCACCAAAACACUGCACACCAAGGGCGGCUCGCACCCUGGUGGCAAACUUGGUUUCGUCCCCAUCUCUGCCCCGACUCCUCCCAUGUUCACCACCGACUCUCCAACGAAGAAACCGUCGUUUCCCAUCUACUCCCAACCAACCUCCAUGCCGCACUCGGCUCUCUUCACUACUUUCUCCAGUGUCGGCCCCGAAUCGUUGAAGGAAAAUCACCUUUUAGAAGAGCCGUCCUACGACAACUUCGCUGAUUUCCCGGAACCAUCCUAUGAAUCAAAGCUUCCAAUGAAGCGAACACUCAUGGAAGCAGCGCCCCUGAAGGAGCGCGCGGUGAAGAAGCAGAAGCGUGAGGAUGCUACAGUCAUGCAUCUACCAGAACCGCAUGAGAUGCCCCCGAUUGAGGAUGACGGGACAAAACCACCCUACAGCUAUGCUACCUUAAUUGGAAUGUCGAUUCUCCGUGCGCUCAACCGUCGUUUGACGCUGGCGCAGAUCUACAAAUGGAUCUCAGACACUUUCUCCUAUUACAAAAACAGCGAUGCAGGCUGGCAGAACAGCAUUCGACACAACCUCAGCCUUAACAAAGCCUUUAUCAAGCAAGAACGGCCUAAGGAUGACCCCGGAAAAGGCAAUUACUGGGCCAUUGAGCCUGGAAUGGAGAUGCAGUUCCUCAAGGACAAGCCUCUGCGCCGUGCCACCAUGUCUAGCUGCCAGCACUACGACCUGGAUGGUUCCCCCCAGCAGCCAUCAGUGCCAAACCCAUCCAAGAACGUGGACUUGUCGUCUGAUGCCACAUUGCCCGCAUCUGAUCCUGCUCUGCAGGAAGACACGGGCGACGAGGGUGUUCAUCUUAGUGCACAACCCACAGGACCACCGCGCUCUUCGCCACCACAGGCCAUUCGUUCCUCCCCGCCAGUUGCUCCACCUCGUUUUUCGCGCCAUGGUACUCCUCCAACCCCCACGAACCCGGGUUCUGCAAUUGCUCCACGACCACGGAAGCGCAAGUCGAUCACCAUGAACGACAGUGGAUAUUUCUCUUCAUUGGAGUCUUCAGCUCUGAGACCAAACAAGGCUGGUCACAUUCUGACUUCCGACUUGGAUAUUGACCCACCACGCAUCAAACGGGGUCGUGCAGAGGAGGAGAUUGCGCGAAUCCGAAGCUCAUCUCAUGAAGUUAGCCCUGGCCAAUCGGGCAGCCGCAAGGAUGCCAGUACGUUGAUCGGCUCCUCUCCGCUUCGUGGAGAGUAUGUGAGCAUGCUGCCGCCGCCGCCGCUUACUCCGGUGAUCAAGUUCAAGAAACCUGCGAAACCACCACCUUCCGUGUCUCCUAACACGAAUCUUCGCAACCACCGCCGCAAGAUCCAGCAGAUGGUCAACUCGCCCAUCAAGCAUCUCGGUCUUACUGACGAGGAUUUACCCUGGAGCCCGGCUUUCAACUUGCAGGAUGACAGUUACACACCGCACGACCACUUUACCACAUUUGAUGUCUUUGCGGAGCCAACUGCAUCUUCUGCGGCAUACGGAUCACCCGAGAAGCGCUCCGUGAAACGGGCCCGGACGGAUAAUGGCAACAACGCUCUUACUGAUAUCACCUCCGUAAGUGUGAACAGUCGGGCGGGUAUGCCGGCUCUCACCAGGUCGAAGUCACUGGUCUUCCCCGAUUCGCCAUCGAAGAUGCCAGAUACGAGCCGCCUUGGUGAUAAUAGCCAAGAGGACUUCUUCUCAUUCCAUCUCUUCGAUGAGAACAAUGAAAGCGCUGGCGAAGUAGAUGGUGUUGAUCUGUUGCAAGGGUUUCAGAAGAUUGGCGGCACCAGCAAGGAGGACGCACUCAAGCCAAAAGCACUGCAUUCAAGGCCGCACUUGAGCACCCGAAGCAAUUCCACUUUGUUCUAA